GGGCCGGGCUCGGCGGGGGAGCCGGGCAGAGCGCGGCGGCAGCUCCGGCCACACUCUCACGCACCCACCCACCAUGUCGGGCACCCGAGCGUCCAACGACCGCAGCAGCCAUCCCAGCGGCGGGCUGAAGCGGGCGCGCAGCGAGCCGGGCGGUAACAAAGUGACGGUGGUGCUGGGGGCGCAGUGGGGGGACGAAGGCAAGGGCAAAGUGGUCGACUUGCUGGCCACCGAGUCGGACAUCGUGUGCCGGUGCCAGGGUGGGAAUAAUGCAGGCCAUACUGUGGUCGUUGAUGGGAAAGAGUAUGAUUUUCACCUGUUUCCUAGUGGCAUCAUUAAUCAGAAGGCAAUUUCUUUUAUUGGUAAUGGAGUGGUUAUACAUUUACCAGGCCUGUUUGAAGAAGCUGAAAAGAAUGAAAAGAAAGGUUUAAAAGACUGGGAGAAGAGGCUGAUUAUAUCAGAUAGAGCACAUAUAGUGUUUGACUUUCACCAGGCAGUAGAUGGGCUCCAGGAAGUGCAACGUCAAGCACAAGAAGGAAAAAAUAUUGGCACAACAAAGAAGGGGAUUGGACCAACAUAUUCUUCCAAAGCUGCACGAACAGGCCUUCGAAUUUGUGACCUCCUUUCUGACUUUGAUGAAUUUUCUUCAAGAUUUAAAAAUCUGGCACAGCAAUACAAGUCGAUGUUUCCCACAUUGGAAGUAGAUAUAGAAGGACAACUGAAAAAACUAAAGGGAUAUGCUGAAAAAAUUAGACCCAUGGUUCGAGAUGGUGUGUAUUUUAUGUAUGAAGCUCUUCAUGGCUCCCCAAAGAAGAUUCUUGUUGAAGGAGCCAAUGCAGCAUUACUUGAUAUUGACUUUGGCACGUAUCCUUUUGUGACUUCAUCAAACUGCACCGUAGGGGGUGUCUGCACCGGGCUUGGAGUUCCUCCCCAGCAUGUUGGAGAUGUGUAUGGUGUGGUGAAGGCCUAUACUACCCGGGUGGGAAUUGGAGCCUUCCCCACUGAGCAGAUUAAUGAAAUUGGAGAUCUUUUACAGAACCGUGGCCACGAGUGGGGAGUAACGACGGGCAGAAAGAGGCGCUGUGGCUGGUUAGAUCUUGUCAUUUUGAAAUAUGCUCAUAUGAUCAACGGAUUCACUGCUUUGGCAUUAACAAAACUGGAUAUUCUUGAUGUUCUGGAUGAGAUAAAAAUUGGUGUUGCUUACAAACUGGGUGGAAAAAGAAUUCCAUAUUUUCCAGCUAAUCAGGAGAUACUACAGAAGGUGGAAGUAGAGUAUGAAACAAUGCCUGGGUGGAAGACUGACACAACUGGUGCACGAAAAUGGGAGGACCUCCCACCCAAGGCCCAGAACUACAUCCGCUGUGUGGAGAACCAUGUUGGGGUGCCAGUUAAAUGGGUCGGAGUUGGAAAGUCAAGAGAGUCGAUGAUCCAGCUGUUCUAAACAAAUGAAGAACUUCAGUGAUGAGAAGCACAAUUUAGCCUUCAUCUAUUCCUUACUGCUUCCACUUUAAAUGGAGAUGCUAAUUAAAACCAACAUGUUCUUCUAGGAGUUGAAUAGAAACAAAACAUAUAUUCUGUCUUGUAACUUUUUAUUUAUCUUUAAGUUCUCUGCAAAUUCAGUGUAAAAUCUUGCUGGUGGCCAUCAUAAAAAAAAUCAAGAAAGUAUUCUUAACAAAAUAAGGGAAAAAUAUUUUUUUUAUUUGAAAGUGUUUUACAUCCAUAUAGAGUUAUUCUCCUUGCUGAAACCAGUUUUAAGCCUUUUCCAGUAGUUACUGGGCAGCUUUAGAAUUGUGAAGCUUGGAUGUGUUUUUCAACUUCAGUUGUUAAAAUGUCUAUGUAUCUGGGUUGGCAGUAAUUAGACAUACACACUUAAAUUGUUUGGAUUAUACAGGUUUUUGUUUUCUAAAAUACAGUGAAGUUAGGUAUUUUUGACUGCACAAAACAAAAACAAUUAUUUAAUUUUUAUAUAAUGACUUUUAAUAGCCCACUAAAAUGAAUGGAGAGCAGCUGGAGUAUUUUUUUAUCACACCCUGUUCUAGUAACUGAGAUAACAUCUGUAGAAAGUUGACUUGUCUAAGGAUUCUUUCAAAUACCCUGUGUACUAACAGACAAUCCCGGUGGAGUCUGUUGGGUGUGCUGUCUUUAUUUUAUGCAGUAGGCAGGGAGUGAGUGAAGGGGGGAGAAUGAGGGUCCUCAGGGUACAAAACACACAGGGAGAAUGAAGCCAAGACAGCAUGCUGUGUUUUCUCAGUGAACCUGAGACAUUUCUUCCUGCUAAUGGAGUUAUUGUAAUUUCCAAAGUUUUACUCUAGUUAUCUGUUGAGGAACUUGGGACUUGCAGCACCAGAAGGCACACUUGCUUCCACAGCUUCUAGGUUUCCAAGAAUAAAUCAACACAUGACUUCAUGGUGACUGUUGCAGCAUUUACACCCCUCACCCAUUUUGACCUCCCUCAGCAAAAUGUAAUGGUUAUUUAUAGAAAGGGGUGAUGUGGCAGCUUGGGUUGGGAUGUGUAGAAGCCAUGGAGAGGUCCCAGAACCUUCAAGAAUACACUUGGAUUUCUUUAUGGAUCUUCUGAUUUAUAAUGGCUGUACUUCAAGAGCUCUCAAAAAAAGGCCUGCAUCUUGUAGAGGAAAAACAAUACACUAGAAAUAGUUAUUCCCUAACUGUGGAAUUUUCCACAUAAAGUCUUGCUUUUCUAUAGAUGUCCCAGAGAGCUAUAACAAUAUUCUUGUUUCAUUCCCAGGGGCUGUUGAAAUGGCAUCUCAACCCCAGUAAUGCCAUUAUGUAGUGUGUGAAAAUGUCCCUUUUCUGAGAUGAGAACUCUAAGGGUACAAAAUUACAUUCUUUGCAUCAGAGAUGGGGAAAAAGAAAAACCUAUCUGGCAUAUCUUGUCAUAUUCAUCCCCUUUGUCUUUUCUCACUCAAUAUUAAAUAAUUGGUGAUGUUCAAACCCAUUAGUGUCAAGAAGUAGUUACAAAAGCACUGAUACGAGCACAUAGCAGGCACUAAAGUUACCUGUUUACAGAUGUAUUCCUGCUUGUAGGGCAGAAUUCUUACCCUCUGGCUGCAGUGCAGUCUCUUCAUACCCCAGGUCAUCAUCAGCUUUAUCCCACUAUCAAUUACUUAUCUCUUAAAAACAAACAAACAAACAUAGUGCCCAAUGCCUUGAAUCCUUAAUUCAACUACAGCUCCAACUAAUUUGCAAAACAGGAGCAAGGAGAUUAGCGUGUAAAAUGUCCAUUAGGAAUACUGCCUCACUUUUAAACUGUUUUUUGGGUAUUAAUGGGUCAAGCCCUGCAGUCCUUGCUCUGAUGUUGAUGAGGAAGCUCUCCCUGUUGGAUUUAUGGGUGUUCUAAUGAGAGAGUGAUGAGAUUUCUGACCUUAUCUGAUGUUUGCAAAGCACUCCUGAAAGGUGCUUGAUAAGUGCUAGUUAUUACAAGCACUGUGAAGUGUGCCUCAUUUAUAUGAGGUCAUUUAAGCAUAAAGAUGCUUGGAGAUACAGUAAUUAAGUUUUUUUUUUCACAUGGCUUAACCUUGUGACAUUUUCCUACUAGAUGAUCUAGAACUGUUCCUUUUCUUGGCCCCAUCAGUGCAGUUGUGUUAGGAGGUUGCUGCUAUAUUUAGGCUUUGGUUGAUUUAUGAGCAAAGGCCACAAUGACUAACAAGCCACGUGGUGUGCUGAAUAACUGGAUUAAAUGAUCAACUCUAAAUGAAGUAUUUGACAUAUUGAAAAAAAAAUAGGUUUUAUAGUUUAAUUUUCACAGGAUUACUUUCUCUUGUCCACCUAAUCUUUUUAUUUUCCAUUACAUAAUUUUUCCAUUAAGUCUCCUUUAGAUCCACAUUGCCUGUCUUUGCUUUAAAAGAUUUAUCAAAAGCCCAGUGAUGUUGUCAAUGGGCAUGAUGUAAUAGGCAAUUAUGCCAUGACUUACUCUGUUACCAUAAAAAAAUGAUCAUGCAUUUCAUUUCAUAGCAUGGAUUUUUUUAAUGACAGUUCUAUUUUUAUUGAAUUUCAUUGAGUUAAAUGUGAAUAAGUUGAGGCUUUUAUGGAAAAGCUCUUUAAUCUACUGAGUGACACAAAUCUUUAAGAGAACAUUUUAAUAUAAAUUUGCUUUCAUUUUGGCUGUUUCACUUAUUAUUUUGUAUUGUUUGGAAUUUCAUUUUAUUAACAAAUCACUGCGACGUCUUUCUCUCCAGCCAAAUACGAUAAUAAUGACUAAAACUGGUUGGUGUACCAUCCUGUGAGAUACCUGGAUGGAAGAAUAAGGGUAAGCAUCUUCCAAAAUGCCAUAAUUUGUGGUAAAGAUUAUGGUUUUUUUAAAAAAGUAGCAGUUACAGAUUCACUCAUGCACAUUAAUGCACUUGACAUACUUUCUGACACCUGUCUGAUGUGGCCUUCAUAGUCAGGUGUGUACUUCCUAACACUUGCAGUGUAGGAUUCUGAAGCUUUUGUAAUUUUUCAUUUGGCUAUAAAUGGUCUUACAGUUAUGGCAUAAUGCACUUUAUAACAGGAAAUAAAAUUAAGCAUUUCCAUAGUAAUGUGCAAACUAUAGUUAAACCUUAUGCAGACUUUUUCAGAUGAAUUUUGAAUCCACAGUGUUUACUUUGUCCUAAAAUACACAUUAAACCAAAUUUAAAGUA